AUUGGCUGAGCCUGUUUGGCGCCAAAGCGAGGAGGAGCGGCUGAGCGCUUUGGGGCUCCGAACAAUAGAAGUGCCGCGGCCGAGAGCCCAGCGACCGUUUGGCGUGGCUUGGCAGUUGACAGGACCGCGGGACCCAGGAGCGUCCGUCAUGUUCUGCGAAAAAGCUAUGGAGCUCGUCCGCGAGUUACACCGCGCGCCGGAAGGGCAGCUGCCGGCCUUCAACGAGGAUGGACUCAGACAAGUUCUGGAGGAGAUGAAAGCUUUGUAUGAACAAAACCAGUCUGAUGUGAAUGAAGCAAAGUCAGCUGGACGAGGUGAUUUGAUACCAACCAUCAAAUUUCGGCAUUGUUCUUUGUUAAGAAAUCGACGCUGCACUAUAGCAUACCUGUAUGACCGGUUGCUUCGGAUUAGAGCACUCAGGUGGGAAUAUGGCAGUGUCUUGCCAAAUGCUUUACGAUUCCACAUGUCUGCUGAAGAAAUGGAGUGGUUCAACCAUUAUAAAAAGUCUCUUGCUACUUACAUGAGGUCACUGGGAGGAGAGGAAGGAUUGGACAUCACCCAGGAUGUGAAACCCCCCAAAAGCCUCUAUAUUGAAGUACGGUGUUUGAAAGACUAUGGAGAAUUUGAAGUUGAUGAUGGCACUUCAGUCCUGCUUAAAAAAAAUAGUCAGCACUUUUUGCCUCGGUGGAAGUGUGAGCAGUUGAUCAGACAAGGGGUCCUGGAGCACGUGCUGUCCUGACUGUCCUGACGGCAGCGGGGACUUCAGGCUCCGCCAGGUGUGACGCUAAGUCUAGCUCAUGGAAACAUCCUCACUGGACCUCCCCUCUUCCUUUGAUUUUAAAUUUACAGGCAUGCUCUAAAAUAACCACGAAGGGCACCUGGGGGGAGCUCAGUGGUAGAGCACUUGCUUAGCAUUUGAGAAGCCCUGGGUUCCAUCCCUAGCACCUCAAAAGACAGGACAACAAAAAUCAAUGAGAGACUAUAGACCAGGAGCACGUGGCUACAAGUAUAAUCUGCCACCUGUUAAGCUUUGUUACAAGCUGUAUCUCUAAUCAUUGCAUUCCCAUAGUAAAUGCUGUACUUUUAUAAAUAAAAAUCAACAGUCUUCAGUUUGA